AUGUGCUGCCAGCAUCCGAUUGAGUGUGUCGAGUUUGAACCUACUACUGCUUGCCAUGUGUGCACUGCGUGUGGCGAAGUCAUCUCGGACGUCUCGACGUGUGAAGGCUUUGUCGCCGGCCGCGAUAAUGGUCACGAUGAAUUUCAGAAGGAAGGCGCCGAAUUUAUCAACCUCUCGUCCAGUCCCGGCAACGAGCCCACACGUGGGUCCAAGGUGGUGCGCGGUUUGAAGACAGUCUUUGCUUCCUGUGAGCCGUUCGGGUCUGCGCCCCAUGGGCCUGGUGAGGCCUUCAUCGACCGACACGAACGAGAUCUCCAACAAGCGGCUACACAGCAUGGUAUCGACGUUGAGAUGGGCGAACAGUGGCAGAGGCUCUUGGACGUGACGAAGUUCUUUGCUGAUAGAAGAUACUCCUACAAUGAGAAGAGGAACCGGUAUUACUUCGGCAGUCCCCAGAAUAUUAAAAUUAGUUUACAUGGUAUAUGUAGUUUCGUGGCGCGUGAACUCGGCUGUGAAUCUCCGAAUCAUCGAGAGCGCUACAUAGACGGCGUCAAUAUGAGCUCGAGGAAGCUAGCCAUGGCCGUGCGACGGAUCGGCUGGGACAUCCGGAAGUAUGCCAAGGAGUCCGGCGAUCUGGCCGUCGGCCCUACAUUCGCUGAGCGCAAGCAGGCCGCUGAUACAGCGCCUAUGGUGAAGCGCGUAGCAGAAGCUCUUGAUCGAUUCCGUUCCAUGCCGGGCGACCAAACCCACGUGGCCUGGGGCUACAGGUUCCUCAACAGGGGUGUUUGCUUCACCUCAGGCUACUUCCUGGCUUAUGCCUUCUGCAACCCAGACGUUGACAAUGUGUACGAUGUCUUCCCUCUUAAACGGUCGCGUUAUGCGUUCAUAAACGCCUAUAAAGUGAAGCCUGAAGACCAAUACACGUUCGAAUGUCGAUGGAAGGACUUGGCCCGAUACUACCAAAUGCAACCUGGGUACUUGUUCAACAAGCUUGAGAAGCUCCAGAACAUACACGAUGAUGCCACGUAUCAGUACUAUGACGUGAUGCAGUGGUCCACUGGCGAGGCGUAUCGGCGGGCGACUAUGAAGGCAAUACACAAAGAGUUGGUCCACGAGUUACCAUGCGAGAAGUACCGCCCGAUAAUGUAG